CAGUCUUAAAGCUUUGCUUUAACAGUCAAUACGGCUUUUCAUGUUGAAAUAAAAAGUGAUUUUUUUUCUUUCCAUCACUCCCGCUCAAAAAAAAUAUAUAAAAUUGGUUAUGCGAAUUAAAAGCGGUUCGGUUGUUUAAUUUACAGUUUGAAUUCAUGUUCACUUGAGAGAACUCCUUUCAUUGCACUUUGAGCCAGCAGUGUGCAAACAAGUGCUUAAAAUAUUGUCUUGAUUCGGAUUAAAGUGGAAAUAAAAUAUCUGAAAUAUAUUUGAAAAUAAGUGCGUGGAAAAAAUAAAAAUUUUAAAAAUAGUGAAAAAAGAAUUGUGCAUCUGUGCAGUGUGUUGUUAAGGAACUGACAUCACAAAAAAUUAUUAUUUCACAAACAAAAUUAAAAAAAAUAAAUAAAAUAAAAUAAAGUAAAGCAAAAUGACAACGAACUCUAAUUGGCACAUUAAGUCCUUUGGAUUAUUGCUAUGUCUGAUUAUUACUGUCAAUGCUGUUCGCGUUCAGCAGACACCAAUUCAGCCACAAGCAAAAGUCACAAGAGAUUUAAAUAGAGAUCAAUCAGCAUCAGCAUCACAUUGGUGGCAACCACCAUUCACAGGAGGCACCCACACAGUGCUACAAUCACAUUCAUCAAUCAGUGGCUCAGCAGCAGCCAAUAGAUUCACAGCAUCAACACCAAGAGCACCAAGUGCUUCAAAUCUUCGAGCACCAGCUAGUGCUGGAUUCCCAGCUUUUGCCAAUCCAAAUCCAAAAUCGCCAUUCCGUCAUUUAGAUUAUACAUCAAGUGCAACAGCUGAGUUGCGUCGUAAUCCAAAUUUGUCAGCUCCUGAUGAGUGUGCUCGCGCUUGUCGUGAAGGCGAACCACCUAGAAUUUGUUAUUAUCACUUUACAUUAGAAUAUUACACCGUAUUAGGAGCAGCAUGUCAAGUGUGUACGCCAAAUGCAACAAAUACCGUAUGGAGUCACUGUCAAUGUGUUCUCGCUGAUGGUGUCGAACGUGGUAUUUUAACCGUCAAUCGUAUGAUUCCAGGGCCAAGUAUUCAAGUUUGUGAGGGAGAUCGUGUCGUUGUCGAUGUUGAAAACCAUAUGGAAGGUAUGGAAACAACAAUCCAUUGGCAUGGUAUCUGGCAACGUGGAACACAAUACUAUGAUGGUGUGCCAUUCGUAACACAAUGUCCAAUUCAACAAGGAAAUACAUUCAGAUAUCAAUGGGUUGCAAAUGCUGGUACACACUUCUGGCAUUCACACACUGGUUUACAAAAGAUUGACGGUAUUAAUGGUCCAAUUAUUGUGCGUCAACCACCAUCUCGUGAUCCAAAUUCACACUUGUACGAUUACGAUUUAACGACACACACAAUUUUCUUAAACGAUUGGAUGCACGAAGAUUCAGCUGAAAGAUUCCCAGGACGUUUAGCUGUCAACACUGGUCAAGAUCCUGAGUCAUUAUUGAUCAACGGAAAAGGCCAGUUCCGUGAUCCAAAUACCGGUUUCAUGACAAACACACCACUCGAAGUUUUCACAAUGACACCCGGCAAACGAUAUCGAUUCCGUAUGAUCAACUCAUUCUGUACUGUCUGUCCCGCUCAACUUACAAUUGAAGGUCACGGUUUGACUGUAAUUGCAACCGAUGGAGAACCAGUUCAUCCAGUGAAUGUGAACACAAUUAUUUCGUUCUCAGGUGAACGUUAUGAUUUCGUAAUUUCGGCUGAUCAACCAGUUGGCGCUUAUUGGAUUCAAUUGCGAGGUUUAGGUGAAUGCGGUAUCAAGAGAGUACAACAAUUGGCUAUUCUUCGUUAUGCACGUGGUCCAUAUCAACCCACAACAGCAGCACCAUCAUACGAUGUCGGACUUCCACAGGGAAUUGUAAUGAAUCCAUUGGAUGCACAAUGUGAUCAACCACGUCAAGAUGCCAUUUGUGUAAAUCAAUUGAAACAUGCUGGCAAACACAUCGAUGCCGAUCCAGCUUUAUUGAAAGAAAAACCAGACGUAAAGAUUUUCUUACCAUUCCGUUUCUAUUUGUAUAAACCAGAGGAACUCUUCCAACCUAACACUUAUAAUAGAUUCUUAGUCGCACCAACUGGAGACCACGUUCUUUCAUUGGUUGAUGAAAUUUCAUAUCUCUCGCCUCCAGCACCACUUCUCUCACAAUACGAUGACAUUAAUCCUGAUCAAUUCUGUAAUGGUGAUAAUCGUCCCGCAAAUUGUGGUGCCAAUUGUAUGUGCACACAUAAAGUCGAUAUUCCAUUGAAUGCCAUUGUUGAAGUAGUUUUGGUUGAUGAAGUACAACAGCCAAAUUUGAGUCAUCCAUUCCAUUUGCACGGUUAUGCAUAUCAUGUUAUUGGUAUUGGACGAUCACCCGAUACAACAAUUAAGAAGAUUAAUUUGAAGCAUGCUCUUGAUUUGGAUCGUCGUGGUUUAUUGCAUCGUCAAUUUGAUUUGCCACCAAUGAAGGAUACUAUUGCUGUGCCAAAUAAUGGUUAUGUUGUGUUCAGAUUCCGUGCUGAUAAUCCAGGAGUAUGGAUGAUGCAUUGCCACUUCCUCUUCCACAUAACAAUCGGAAUGAAUCUUCUUAUACACGUCGGUACACAAGCGGAUUUACCUCCAGUUCCACCAAACUUCCCUACGUGCGGUGACCAUGUAUUACCACCCAUAGAGCACGUAUAAGUGAAGCAUCAUAAACAGAAAUGUUAGGCACUUCCUUUCCCCUUAGUUGAUUAAGUGAAACAAAAAAAAAUCAGUAAUUUUAUUUAUACAUAAAAAAAAACGACGUUCAUUUUUUCUCCCAUUUUUCAACGAAUUUAGUUUGGAUAUCGCAUGAUUAAUGACAAUUGAAUAUCCAACGGUAAAAUUGACCGUAAAUCAUUUUCUCUCUGGUAAAUUACAAUUAAUGUCGUUCGUUAAUUGAUCAUUCCUUUGGUACUUGUUGCCAUGCUUAUCAUGCAAUUGAAUGCGUAGUAUGAUAAAAGGCAGGUAGCAAUGGUCAAUUAAUAUUAAUAUAUUGUCACCCAUAAUUGCCCAUAUAGUUACUUACUUUCUUAAUUAAUUCGCAUUUUUAAGGCAAAAGUUGCAAUUUUUAUUUUAUUUUUAUCAUGAAAAAUUUCUCAAUGCUUUAGGACAUUUUUUUAUUUUUUGGAAUUUUAUGUGUUUUAGUUGAAAAAAGAAAAUUUAUUGUUUAAAAAAAAGCUCAAGCUGUAAAUAUUUGUAAAUAUGCAGAGAAAUUUUAUCAUUAUCAUUUAUCACUCACUUUAUGCUUUAUUCACUCACAUUUUUACAUAAGCAUAGCAGCUUUUAUCACUAAUAAUUUAAAAUAAAGCAAGAAGAUUGACUAUCUUAGCUUCUAUGAACUGUAACAGUGAUAAACGCUGAUAUAAAUCUUUAUAUUAUAUUAUAUCAUAUUCAUCUUGCCAACAUAAUACUCUCUAUACCUUUCUCUAUCUCUAUGCUUCUUUCACUAAAAUGUAUAUGCAAAAUUUUAUGGCAAUUUUUUUAUUUUGUGAUAAAUUUAAUUAUUUUCUUCUUUACAUUCAUAACUGUAGCGAUUCACAUCACAUACUUAAAAUAACAUUAAACUGCUCUUAUAACUACUUCCAUUAUAACGUUUUCGAAACUUUCCUACUUACACUCUAUCAAUAAUUUUUUCGAUUAUUAAUUUACUAAAUUAUUUUUUAUUAAACUUCCUCUUUCGAUGACAAUUUUCUUCCAAAGCGGGAAUUAUUUUUGAUGGUGGUGAUUCACUGUGAUUUUUCUGGACUUUUACUGGUGAUGAGAUAGUUCAAUUUCACCAGUACAUUUAGAUUGGAUUCGAACUUAAACAUCCUAAUGUUUAAAAUAUUAUAGCUUCGCUAAACCUUACUUCUUAGCUAGAUACCAGAUCGGCACACAUUUUAUAUGUUUGUCACCUGGCAGCUGGGUUGAUAGUAUAAGUAGAAACAAAGGGUUGCCCUAGCCAAUUGGCUUCCGCUUGAUUCUAAUCAUACUAUCAACCUGGCUGCAGGAUGGCAAACAUUUAAAUGUGUGCCGAUCGAGAUACUUUUCCAGUUUAGAUCAGAUUCAACAAACAUAGCAGAAUCCUCCUUAAAAUCAGAAUCUGCAACAUUCAAUUAAUAAAUCAGUUCAUAACAAAAGCUCAUACCUUAUCAAACAUCCAAUUUAACCUCUCAUUUCCCAAAAGGAUUAUCAUAAAAUAAAGUUCAACCGCAAACAUUACAAAAUCACUGCCGUCAAACAUUUUUCAUCGUUUAAAAUUAAAAAUUGGUAUACUCCAUACCCUCUGUCCGUGCCAAAACUAAAUCCAUUAAUAUUAAAAAGAAACUUUUUUUUUGAUAAUUUUCGCGAAUCAUCAUUGUCAUCAUUUUUCUCAAUUAAAAUUUAACAACCUUUAGUGCAUGCCACAUUUCCGACUUUAUUAAUCGUUCUCUUCCAUUAAUAUUCAUUAACUUUUAUCUGCUACCAUAUCGAUAAUAACAAUUAUCACUGCCGUAUUUUUUUUUUUAUUUUUGAUGAUGAGAUUUUUAAUUUUUAAAUUAAAGUGAAAUAAACAUUUAAGAAGAUUUUUUUUUUAAAUAUAUUAAAUAGAAAAUGUUAUGUAUAUAAGACGAAAAAAAAAAGAAAACAUGUGGAGCACAUUGAGAGACAUAAGUGCCACUUAAAAUGAAGAUUAUAUAUUAUGUAAAUUGGCUUAGACUUUAGUGUUUAUGUUGCCAGCUUGAAAACAAGAAAAAUCAACAC